AAAAACAUAUGCUCAAGACCUUAAUGUAUCGAUGUUAUAUCGAGGUUUUUGCCAGCACUAGAUAAAAGUAAACAAAUAGGUUGAUAGAGAAAGUAAUUUACCUGGGUAAUUUAAACUGUACUGCAAUGUGAAGAAAGGAUUGGCAGAAAUGAAACCCCACCAUUCUUACGUUGAAGUAAAGGAAGAAGCCAUCGAGGAAGAGUUCCUAGAUGAAGACGAAGAGUUAAGCGAAUUUAUUUUCGAUGAGAAACCCCGCCAUUUCGAAGCUACUGAGGUCGAUCUGCAGGAGAGGAAAGAUUUUGAAACUUCCAAUUGUGAAAGCCAUGUUGUUCUGGAAUCCUUAGUGAAUGUCGGGGAAGAAGGUUCAGGAGGGAAUGAGGAAUGGAUCCACGCUCAAGUGAAAAACGAACCUAUUGAAGAUGAGUACCCGGAGGAAGAUGUUGGAUUUGAUGAAAUGUACAGCCAAGUGAAAAUUGAGGAAGGUUUUGAGACUAUGGGCUGCAGUGAUAAGCUUUUACAAGCAAAGAAUAAACCUACACCGAAAGAAGCCCCCGACCUAAAAUGUCUUUACUGCCCGAAUACCCAUUCAUCCAUACUUAGGAGACACCUUACAACAAACAGACAUACAAAGGAUAAACCGCACCGCUGUUCCUAUUGCCCAAAAAGCUUCACACACGCAAAUACUCUUAGUCAACACAUACGAACCCACAUCGACGGUCUUUUCAAGUGUCCACAAUGUUAUAAGACGUAUUCCCACAAGUCCACUCUUAAGAACCAUAUCUUGCAGCACAGUGACUUGUCGGAGGAGUACAAGGCAUCUCUUGGCAUAAGAAAUCAAUCACAAAAUAUGAUGUAUAACGUCGACCGACCGAAAAAGUGUCCUCACUGCCCGCAGAUAUUUAGUCGAAACUCGCUUCUUACAAAACAUUUUUUUACUCAUAAGGAAGUCGGUCCACACAAAUGCUCUUUUUGUCCGUUGUACUUUGAUAAUGGGGAAUACCUAGCCAAUCAUGAAAAGACUCACCGGUAAAAGGUCCUGUUAAUUUGUUAAACAUUACAAAUGUGAAAUAUGUACAUAUGUAUAAUUUACUGAAAAUCGAAAAAAGAUGUACUCUGUUUUCUUUGGGAAAGUUCCAUAAACAAAGUAUGUUCCAUUCACAACUUUACAAUGUUCGCCCAAAAAACCCUUUCGCAUGAAGCAGAUUGGAAAACCGCUCUGGAAUGCUAGUGCUUCAAAAAAUUAAUGUUAAUCUAGUUAUUAAUACAUGCUGUAAGUUGCAAUUUCAAUUUUAUUAAGCCACCUUAAAAUACUUGUAUAUGUACUGACAAUUAUUAUUUGGCUACAAACCUGACUUAGGUGUAAGCUUGAACAAAAAUAUAUUUGUUUAUAAACAACGA